CUACGAUCGACAAGCUCUCCAAAAAUUCAAUUCUGAACUGUUGCAUUCUCCAGUUCACCAUGGCAUCAGUCUACAAAACCGUUUCUAAGAAGCAGGCCCAGCAGGCCUUGGAGGAUGAGGAUUUCGAGAUGGAGGACUUCAUCGCCGACGCCGACGACACCAGCGACAGCGAAGAGGACGAAGAUGAAGAUGAGGAAGAGGAGGGUUUGAAUUUGGCCAAGAAGCAGCUGGCUGCUGGAUUUAUGCCCAAGACUCGUGUUCUGAUGCUGACCUCGCGAGGUGUGACACAUCGCCACCGUCACCUGCUAGCAGACCUUGCUUCUCUGCUUCCCCACACCCACAAGGAAACCAAAUUGGAUACCAAGAAGAAGACCGCUGGUUACAACUUGAUGCUCAACUCCCUCGCCGACCUUCAUUCCUGCAAUGUCAUCUUCUUCCUCGAAGCCCGCAAGCGCGGCCAGGACCUUUACCUCUGGCUCGCCCGCCCACCAAACGGCCCUACCCUCAAGUUCCACGUCAACAACUUGCACACCAUGGGUGAAUUGAACGCUGGUUUCAGCGGCAACUGCCUGAAGGGCGGCCGCGGAAUCGUUGUUUUUGACCGUUCUUUCGACGAACAGGGCCCGGUCGCCAGCAAGCCUGGAAGCGAAUAUCGCACGCUGAUCAAGGAGAUGCUCCGUGGUGUUUUCUGUGUCCCUAAGCGUGGUGUCAAGGGCAUGAAGCCUUUCGUCGACCGCAUCAUUGGUAUCUUCGGUGUCGACGGCAAGAUCUGGAUCCGAGUCUACGAAAUCCGGGAGUCGGAGGGUGGCGCAAAGGGCGAGGAGAAGCCCACGCCCAAGGGCAAGGAUGGAUUGCCUGAGGUGUCUUUGGUCGAGAUCGGACCCCGCUUCGUCCUGACACCGAUUGUCAUGUUGGAGGGUAGCUUCGGAGGCCCCGUCAUCUACGAGAACAAGGAAUACGUCAGCCCCAACCAGGUCCGCAGUGAAAUCCGGACCAGCAAGGCAGCCCGCUAUGCCAGUCGCCGAGACGAGCAGACCGACCGGUUCGGCAAAAAGAGCACACUGGGAUUGGCAGAUGGUGGAAAGAGGAAGGAGAAUGCGCUCGAUACGAAGAAGCUGGGAUAUACCAUCACAAUGCCUCUCGAUCGCCUUGCCACGGAGCUACUGCUCCACGUAUAUCGCUCCUGUGACCAAAUUUCGGAUAUUCUGAACCUCGCAUCAACAUGUCGACAUCUCCAUCGCGUGUUCCAAAGAUCCAACAAGCUACAGAUCCUCGCAGACGCCGCGGAGUCGGAAUUCGGUCCCCUCGAUGAUAUCAUCCAAAUAAUUACUCAAAAUGACAGCCAACCUCGGGCUCAGCUGCUGCAUAACUGGUCGACUGCUGAGUUGGCUGAGAUUGAAGACCUGCGCUUGAUUAUCGCCGAUGUCGUUCAGAAUCACAUUUGUCCCAGUAACGGGACUAUCCAGCGCAAGUUCCACAAACGAUAUCCUGAAAAUAAUCACCAGUUAACAUUCAACAUCCACCUCAAUUACCCACCAAGCGAUCAGCCAGGCCUUGGCCUCUUCGAUAAAAACCCCACGUCUUUCGACCAGUACUUUCACACUGCUCACCCGACCAACUUCACCGAAUCACCCGCCAAGUUUAAAUCUAAGUUUCGGAAUGACCUCUUCCACGACCCUGGUUUCGAAGGAUGGGGGGACGAAAUCCCGCAUUACUAUGUUGUGCAGGAUAUGAUGAAACUUGAUCCGGGCCAGGUCCUCUGGCUCCGCGAACAUGCCUCUCUCAAGGAGCAUGUUGAGGCCUUUGUGCUCUCCCUUGGUGAAUGGUUUCGGAAUAAUGGCGAGACGUUCAGCGAUACGCUAGAAUGGGUAACGAAGGAAAGGGGGGAAGAUGUUGAAGAGUUCAGAGGUGCGAUUGUUGAUCGUUAUGUUGGCAUUGUAUGGGAUUUUUGAAGUUUUCCGCAUCUACGUUAUUAUAUUCGGCUUUAUCUGCAAUGCAAUAGAUACUAGAUUCAUCACGCACUUCUUGCCUUGACUGUUGUGGUUAUUAUACAGCUAUACAAAAUUUAAAACCACACUCGCCAGUCAGAUUGCCUGCAAACCUGCAAGAAUGAAACGUAAACAUAAAACAUAAGAAACCACCCAGAAUACGGACAACAAAAGAGAUCGUAUAAAAGAUCCCACCCAAAGACUUUAUCUCAAGCAAAAUUAUACCUAUCCAUAUUCUCCUGUUCAGUCUGUUCAUAACUGACAGUGACUUCUUGGGUUCGUUUGAUAUUAUUAGAUUUACCCAAGAUACUCUUCU